UGCAUGUGGACGUCUGUGUUGGUGUUAGAGAGAAAAUGAGACAGACUGAUGCUUCAAGUUUCACUUGUGUGUGUGUGUGUGUUUGGGGGUGGGGGGUUGGUGUAUGCAUGCACAGGACGCUCUUUGGAUAUCCACUGUCUACCUCCCCCUGACUGACGAUCUCCAUCAGCCAGAGUGACCCUAUCCUUACUUCUGUUCGUCUGUCUGUUUGUCUCCUCUCUGUUUGUUUUAUUGUCCAUUUAUUUGUCUGUGUUUCUGAUCAACUGAACAAUCUGACUGGCACAGAGCAAGGACGAGUAAGAAUGUCAGCCUCCCCAAGCACCUCGAGCGGCUUAGAGGUCCUGCUUUCUGCCCUGCAGAAUGAAGGAGAUGUGGAGAGCACCUUGAAUAUCCUCAAUGUCCUGGAUGAACUUCUGUCAGCCGGUACUGAUCGACGUAUCACGUAUUUGAUCAGUAAAGGUGGCAGUGAGGCCUUGCUAACCUUGCUGGUCAAAACUGGCCGCAGUUUCUGUCCCAACUACACGAUUCUGCUGCCACUGCUGCACCUGCUGGCGAAAGUUGGACACAGAGACAAGCGUAUUGGUAUAAAAGCAGAGGAGGCUGACGCUGUUCUGCUGACCCUCAAUCUCCUUAAACACAACACCAAACAUGCCAGAAGGGCUGCAGCCUGUCUCUGGGUCAUUCAAGUGUUUUCCUCAUCAGUUUCUACAGCAAACCUCAUCGGAGAAAACCACGGACUGGAUGUAAUCUUUCACUUCAUCCCUCAGUAUUCUACCAAACAUCUGCACACCAUCAAGGCAGCAAUCAAUGCCUUCGCAGCUCUGCUGUGCACAAAGGCGAAUGUUUCUUCAGUGGUGUCUAAGGGUUACGUCUCUGGCUUGUUAAGGCUGUACGAGGACUGGCACAGUAAAGAUACUCAACAUGCUGCCAUAGAAAUUCGCCACGCGCUGCUGCGCUGCCUCCAUAAAGCCACCCGCAUUGCUGGAGGUAGACAGGCCUUUGUUUCCCAUGGAGGCCUCAGACUGUUAUAUCAGACCACACAGACAGGUUUGUUGUGUAAAGGCAUGGAGUGUCUGACAGAGCCCUCCGUACAGCUGUUGAGAAAGUGUCUUCCCAAAACGCCUCUACCACUGAAAUCAGAUCAGUCUGCAUACACCUUCCCUCUUCCCGGAAGACCUGCCCUUGAUGUGGAUGUGGCACCAGAUAAGAGCAGUGAGGAGAGUGAUGAUGAAUAUGCUGAUAACCAAGAGGCAGAGAACAGAGAUUAUGAUGAAGACUUGGAGACUGACCUGAACAUACUUUGUCAUCGUCCAGACCCAGAUAGACCUAAAGGGCUGCUGCAACAGUAUGGACGCCUCUGUCCUGAACUCUCACACGACUUUGAGGAAUUGGUUCUGAGUUCAGAGCCAGAGAAGAGCUCGCCAUCACCAUCAUCGUCAUCAUCUUCAUCAUCAUCAUCAUCAGAUGAGGAAACCGUGCUGCAAAGCACUUUCUCUGCUAAAUCGUCCAGGAAGGACAGGAAGAAGAGCAACUCCAGCAGUGAUUCAUCCUCCUCUUCUUCAUCUCACUCAGAGACAGAGGGAAAAACACCAGCCACUGCCCAGGUAGAAGCCUGUGAUUUCCACAGUCACAGCAGCAUCUUAGCCUGCAGGACCAUGGUUCCAGAUGUUAGGGGAGACACCCCUCCAGGUCUGGGAGGAAAAGAGCCGGUUGAUGAGGAGGAGGAAGAAGACGAAGAAUUCCACCAUUGUCCCAUAAUAGACAGGUUACUGAAGAGACACGGAGCCUGUAUUUCGCACCAUGACCCCAAGCUGUACCGAGCUGCAGCUGCCAAAACCAAGUCGAUUCCAGGGUUCAGCAUCCUGGCUUUCCCUGAUUUCUGGGGUCACCUUCCUCCCCCAGGAAAUGAACGCAUGGCCCCUCGCAACCCCAACACACAAAGACAGAAAGUGUUCAACGAUAUCCUGCGUUUCUUGAAUGCUGCUGACAUCAUUAAUCAAGUUGUCUAUGACCUAGAGGACAGCAGUCUUCAGUGUCCAUCUGAUUCUUUGAGGUUUUUCUCAAAGUUUGAGUGUGGGAACUUGAGGAAGGCAGUUCAAAUCCGCAGAUAUGAAUAUGACCUCAUAUUGAACUCCGAUGCCAACUGUUCCCAACACAGCCAGUGGUUCUACUUUGAAGUCAGUAAUAUGGUAGCUGACGUUCCCUACCGUUUCAAUGUCAUCAACUGUGAGAAAUGCAACAGUCAGUUCAACUAUGGAAUGCAGCCGGUGCUGUACUCAGUAAGAGAAGCUCUGGAAGGUAACCCACACUGGGUGAGGACUGGAACUGAAAUUUGUUAUUACAGAAACCACUAUUGUCCUGCUCAGGACAGAAGUAGAGCGACCUUUUAUACUCUGACGUUCACCAUCACCUUCAAACACAAUGAGGACGUGUGCUACCUGGCCUACCAUUAUCCCUACACAUACUCUGCUCUGAAGGCUCAUUUGAAGGUGCUGCAGAAAUCCGUGGAUCCUUCCAAGGUGUUCUUCCGGCAGCAGAGUCUUUGCAACACGUUAGCUGGAAACCUGUGUCCACUGGUCACCAUCACUGCCUGUCCUGCCAGCAGAGCCUGGAAAGACAUGCACCAGCUACGUAAUCGCCCCUGUAUCAUGCUGACGGCCCGUGUCCAUCCUGGUGAGUCCAAUGCCAGCUGGGUGAUGAAGGGCACCCUGGAGUUUCUGUGCAGCAGUGAUGUGGUGGCCCAGAGUCUGAGGGAGGCUUUUGUCUUCAAGAUAAUCCCCAUGCUCAACCCAGACGGAGUCAUCAAUGGCACGAAUCGCUGUGAUCUCAACUGUGAGGAUCUGAAUCGUCAGUGGCGUAAACCGGACCCUGUCCUCAGUCCAACCAUCUACCACGCCAAAGGCUUCCUGUAUUACCUCAGCAGUGUGGGGCGGACUCCACUGGUUUUCUGCGACUACCACGGUCACUCCAGAAAGAAAAACAUGUUUCUGUACGGCUGCAGUGUGAAGGAGACUCUCUGGCAGUCUGGAUCUGCAGUUGACACGUUGAGGUUUAAAGAGGACCCAGGAUAUAGAACCAUUCCAAAGACACUGGAUCGUAUUGCACCAGCCUUUUCUUUCAACAGCUGCAGUUAUUUGGUGGAGAAGUCCCGCUCUGCCACAGCCAGGGUGGUCGUCUGGAGGGAGAUGGGUGUGUUGAGAAGUUAUACCAUGGAGAGCACUUACAACGGUUGUGACCAGGGAAUAUACAAGGGCCUGCAAACAGGAACCAGGGAGCUGCAGGAGUUGGGGUUGCAUUUUUGCCACAGUCUGCUGUCUGUAACCAAAGACACGAGGACUCUUUUCAUAAAGCCACUCUUGAACCACUUCGACCUGGGUCACAAAAUCAUGGACCACAACUCUCACAACUGUUUUGAAGAUGACGAGCCUCCGUGUGUCGAGGAGAUCGAGUACUCAACGGACUGUCCCAAACUGAAAGGCACAGAUCUGGAUUCGGAUGUCAAUAGCAACAUGGCCCGUGCAGACGAAAAGGACGACGGCGACGGGGAUGACGGGGGUCACAGUGGAGCAAAGCAGCGGCAAAGCAGCUGUGGUCAGCCCCAGCAGUCAAGCAUGAAGGGCUGCAUAUUCCCUCACUCAGUCAGACAGGAGUCAGCUCAGAAGAGAAAGGGUGUGAGCAUCAUCAAUGGACAAAUCACAAGCUAAAGGGAUAUGUCUUAAUAUUUACCUGAGGUGCAAGUGUAGUCAGAGGCUGGGCAUUGUUUUCAUCUAUCUGUGUGUGUGUGUCCAGAUGAUUAACAUAUAUCUGACCGGUCAAAGGUCAAGAUCAACAAAAAUAUACAAAAUGCACUUUUUCAAACAUAUCUUCACAAAUAACAAAUAACACAAGGAGAGAGAGAGAGAGAGAGAAAAUCCAGACCUUACAUUGAUCACAAAGUAAUUCCCCAUGAGUGAGUUCAUGAAUAAGAAAAUGGUUCCAUACCUAUUUCAAAAAUCCAUUUUUUAAACUUGUCAUGCAGACUUGUGUAUAUAUAUGUAUAUAUAUACAUAUAUAUAUAUAUAUAUGCCUCUGUAGAUAGUGAGUGGUGAUAAUAAUUUAAAAUUAAAACAUUUUUUUAAAAUUAAAAAUUAAAAAACGCAUGCAAACAGCUGAUCUGUAGCUUAUUCUUUACCAGUCAUGUGUCUAAAUUGUAUCACUGUGAAAGGGCAUCAUUACAGAAUGACAGUCUUUCACCUAGUGAUAGAGCAACACAGCUAACAGAAUACAUAACUGAGGACAAACAAAGUGUUUCCACAUAUACUGUUGUCACAAACAAACUAGGACUUCUCAUACGCACCGACAGCAACACUAUUUUACUGUGGACUGAAUUACAACCACACCACCUAAAAACAAGCAUACUACAUGUUACAAUAUUUUCCUUCAACCCAGUGAGAACGAUCAAUCUGAUGAAUUUAUUUUUGAAGAUCAAUCUUUCCUGAUCCUUAAAAAAAAUAUUGUCAAAAUGAAUGAAUUAGUUCAUGUGUGUGUAUAUAUAUAUAUUUAUGUGUUGUUGUUUUUUUUUAGAUGACUGUGUUUUAUUUUUGUUUGCUCAUUUCGACUCUUUGGUACGUGGGAUAGUCAGUUUGUAUUUAGCAGAUCAAACUGCGUUGAUUGUUGCUGUUGUGUCCUUUUGCUUGUAGGGAUUUACAGGAUUACUUGAAAACACAUCAGCAUUAGUUGUUGUUUGUAGAGACCUGUGUAUAAAGUGUAGUCGCAUUCAGGGGUGAUGUUGCAUAUUGCACCCAACUCUACUGAUUUCUGACUUCUGCAAACAAACAUGGCAGCACAACACAAAACUGCUCCUGUGUGAUAUAUAAAGGAAAACACAAAUUCAUGAAAACAAAAGACAAUUUUAAAUGAGAUAUUCAAUUUCCGUUGUUCAAUUGUUCUCCCGAGAAUCCACACGCCACCUACAGUAUGUUUACAUUCAGUGCCAAAGCAUGGCAAAAAAAGUGAGGUAGCGGACGUCAAGAUGAAGCACACAGUUUUGAUGUCGCUGCCCUGUUUUCUGCCAGCAAUCAUAGUUUAUCUACAUCCUUGACCUUUCUUAACUUGAAGAGGAUGCGUCUUAAUGUCCCCUACAGAGGGAUAACAAGGCACGACUUGAUGACAUAAAUGAAGAGCACCAGUAGCUGUUGAGAUGGUUUUAAGUUGAAUGUUUUUCAUCAGUCCCAUUGAUUCCUCAUGUUCCCUUUUAUUCAUUGAAACUAUUCAUUUGCAUCUAUUUUAUAUAGCUAUGCCAACUUUUCCACCUCCUUCAACUUUAAUAAAAUAUUUUUGACUUUU